UAACCAUUUUUCAAAUUUAAUUUCUUUUAACUUGGCUCUCUGCCCAAUGCACAUUGUCUCUCUCUCUCUCUCUCUCUAACUCUUUCUCUCUCUAACACCAACACAACACAUACUCUCUCUUUGGUACCUCUCAAUCUACUGUGUUCCUCUGCUACUCCCACCACCUUCAAACAUAUCCUCAUCUCUACAGACAAGAAGUCUGAAAUACCCAUAAUUAUUUUGUUUUUACAAUCUUUUAAUUGUAGUAAACUUAGCUUAAUUAAGUUUUAGUAUAUUCUUUUUGGUUAAGACAAGUUGCAUGUAUAGAAUUAUAAAGAGUCCACAUUGAUAAAUUUGAAGAAGCUAAAGCGACAGUUCUUUUUUCAAGAUUAUCAAAUUUAAAGAUCUCUAGCAGCUCUUGAAACUAGAUUUUUUUCAAGAAACCAAAAUCUGCAAAAAGAAAGAUUAUUUCUUCUUUCUUUUGCUUUCUCUAAAGCAAUUUGGUUUCUUUUUGUGUUUUCUAAUUCUCUUUUGGCUCUAAAUCAAGAACAGAACAAAAAAUCUUGAUCUGUUAUCAGAAUGGGGUGCUGUUAUUCAAGAUUAGAGAGAGAAGAAAUGGUUUCAAGAUGCAAAGCAAGAAAAAGAUAUAUGAAACAAUUAGUUAAAGCCAGACAAGCCGUUUCUGCUUCUCAUACAAUGUACCUUCGUUCUUUACGCUCAACUGGAUCAGCCCUUUUCCAGUUCUCCAACACUGAAGCUAAUCUCCACCUCCACCACCACCGCCACCAUCUCCCACCUGUUCUUCCCUCUCCGCCACCUUUACCUCCCACACCCCCACCUCCUCCUCCGCCAAUGAGCCCCAGCUCAGACACGUGGACAUCCAUAACAGCCUCUCCUCUACCACCUCCCCCGCCACCUCCUCCGCCUCCGCCACCUCAGUCUUCGAGUUGGGACUUCUGGGAUCCUUUUGUUCCGGCGCCUCCUUCAGCUUCAAGGUCUGAGGAAGAGUGGGAAGAAGCAACCACCAUGACAGCUUCUGAAAUGGCUGUGACAGCUACGGGAACGGCGGCUAGCCUCACUGCUCCGCCGAGUAUGGUGAGUGGAUUCUCGAAGGAGACGUGCAGUGGGAGUGGAAGUGAGCUUGCUAUGGUAGUUUCAAGAAAUAGUAAGGAUCUAGUGGAGAUUGUUAAAGAAGUUGAUGAGUAUUUUCUUAAAGCUGCUGAGGCUGGCGCUCACCUUUCUUUGCUUUUACAAGUUCCAAACCCUAAUUUCUCCACUCAAAACAAAGUUGUAGGUAAAGUGUAUGACCAUGGAUGCAAUUUAACAAAUCCAUCACUAUGGGCAUGGAGUUCAAGUCCAAAAAUGAAUGGAUUUGGAAAAAUGAGUGAUGAAAUUAUGGGAAAUAAUGUAGGAGUUGGCCAUUGCUCCACUGUGGAGAGAUUGUAUGCAUGGGAGAAGAAACUAUUUCAGGAAGUCAAGAAUGCUGAGAGUAUAAAGAUUGAACAUGAAAAGAAGGUGGCAUUGGUAAGGAAAUUAGAAGUAAAGAGGGCUGACUAUAUAAAGACUGAAAAGACGAAGAAAGAAGUAGAGAAAUUAGAGUCACAAAUGAUGGUUGCUACUCAAGCUAUUGAGACUACUUCUGCUGAAAUCAUCAAAUUAAGAGAGACUGAGCUCUACCCUCAACUUCUUCAACUUGUUAAAGGAUUGAUGUGCAUGUGGAGAAGCAUGUAUGAGGCACACCAGGUCCAAACUCACAUAGUUCAGCAGCUGAAGUAUCUAAACACAGUUCCAUCGACUGGACCUACUUCUGAGAUUCACAGACAAUCUACACUCCAGCUUGAACUUGAAGUUCAGCAAUGGCACCAGUCCUUCUGUAACCUAGUGAAGGCUCAGCGGGAUUACAUUCAGUCCCUCACGGGAUGGCUCCGGCUUAGUCUUUUCCAGUUCAGCAAACAUCCAUUUUCAAGACCGAGCCAGGAAUCUCAAAUUUACUCUCUAUGUGAAGAAUGGCACCAUGCAAUUGAUCGGAUUCCGGAUAAAGUAGCAUCGGAAGGAAUCAAGAGUUUCCUGACAGUUAUCCACGCAAUAGUAGUUCAACAAGCAGAAGAGCAUAAGCAAAAGAAGAAGUCAGAAUCGGCUUUUAAGGAGUUCGAGAAGAAGGUAUCUGAGCUUAGAGCAUUGGAGACCAAGUAUGGACCUUACUCACUGCCUAAUACUGCUGGAAACUUGAGAAGCAAGGAUCCAGUGACAGAGAAGCGAGCAAAAGUUGAGAUCUUGAGAGGCAAGGCAGAAGAGGAGAAAUCGAAGCAUGAAAAAUCAGUGAGCAUCACGAGAGCAAUGACAAUAAAUAAUCUGCAGAUGGGAUUUCCACAUGUGUUUCAGGCUAUAGUGGGAUUUUCAAGUGUAUGUAUGCAAGCAUUCGAGUCAGUAUACAACCAAGCGAAAAGUAACGACCCGGAAAAUGAUAUGAAGAGGAUCUUACCCUAGGAAGAAUUCUAAAUUUAGGAUUAUAACAGAGGUUUGGUUUUUCUGUAUAUAGAUAGACAUGGAAAACUACUUCAGGAUUAACCAUGAAUCUGGAAGUUUUGAAUUAGGGUUUUGAAUCUUCUGUUUUGUUUCUAGAGGAGUAAAAUUCAGUGAUUACUGGUGUGUAGGAGUCUAUAAAGUAUAAAGUAUGAGUUUCUGAUGAAUGUUGAUGGUUUUUGAUUUAUGGUCAUGUAGAGGAAAAUGCCUCCAUUGCUAUUUAAAUUUAAGAAACAAUCAUCUACUCUUACUAUUUA